AGCUUCCCAAGCCUCGUGAUUGCUUUUCAUCGCCGUCUUGCACUAGGACUACUAGCUGAUCCGGGAGCACAGGGCAGCCGUCCACACCGACCUAUAUAAGUGCCGGCUUUCCCACACAAGGUACAAGUGGGCGCAAGCAAGCCUGUCAACCUCGCUUGCCAUUAGAAAGAUGAAGCUGAUUAUACUCCUGUUUGCCUUCUUCUCGGUUACUUUCGCAAGAAACAAGGUCAACCUCCAGUGGGCCAUCUGCGAAGCCAACCCGCAGGACGUGCUCCCUAAGCUAGGCUUGAAAGCGGCAACACCGCCCUACAAGGAAAACCCCAUCACGUACUACGACGAACAGCCACCCUUCCACGCAUUCUCUGGGGUGGGUUUUCGCACCAAAACCAACAAGGGGAAGCCAUUGUCCGCCAUCAAAGUCCACCUCCAGGAGGACUCGCCCGACAUUCCAGACUUUGCCGAGUGUGGAUGGGCACGCUACGGCAAUAACACGCCCUUUUAUGCCUGCGAGAAGCGCUGCCUUCUCAAACACGCGUUGGCGGGGGAUAUAUGGUGCGAGGAGCAGGUAGAACUUGCGCAAAAGUACCAGGACGUCGAUUGGAGCGCCCUCGACGCGUACGGACCGUACCCCAAUGGCAAGUGGAAGCUGCGCAUUGGGGGACACAAGGCCAAGUUUGACGACGUCGUGGCAGGAGACCUGCAUCUGAUGGAGAUUGAGAUGAAGGUGCACGCCAAAAAAGCCGAUGCAACGACCAAGGCGGUCACGAAGUAUCUGCUGGAGCGGGGGGUCGCCUUGUGUGAGCCGCAGGAAGGAAAGUUCAUGCGGCUGAUUCGUUCCAAGGGAUACGUCAGUACAGGAGGGGAGGAACUGUGAUGCUGGGAUGAAUAUGCAACUUGUCACUGCCAAGGUAGACAUGGGGGGUCUGCUGACUGCACAUGUCAUGUAGAUCAAAUAGCAAGCACUGUGCUGCUGCGUGUGCCAGGCAUUUGGGAAUGUACGUUGGGCAUGGAGGCUAUACCACUUGACUGAUUGAUGUAAUGAAGAAAGGGAAUGCUUUACGUCGCGCUCCGAGUGCCAUGUAAAAAGGUGAGGGCGGAAUAUAUGGGGACUGACGUUACG